UCUGGAUUGACGUUCAACUAGCGGCUGACGAACUUAUCGACGGUGGUCUAGACCCUCACAGUAUCCGCCUUGGCGGUGGCUGGAUCUCCCCACGAAAAUCCCCACUCAUUCCUUCGGAAACCUUCUGGGGCUCGUGGAAACAUCACCUCACUUAUUCCCGUCACACCGCACAGCGCCCUCGCGUCACAUCCAUGCAGCAUCAGCCAGAUCGUCAUCAUUCUCGUAACUGACAGCAUUUCCAAGCCACCACUUGUAGAAGAAGGCCGCGUGCGCCGAGCGCACCAUGAAGGAGGAGGCUGUCUAUCCCUCAACAAGUCCCGAGGCGUCGUCCAAUUCGCUCACACCAGGCGACCCGCCGCCAAAGAAGAAGCAGAAGAGGAACAAGCCUACUCUGAGCUGCGAGGAAUGCGUUGAGCGCAAAACCAAGUGUGAUCGCACUCGGCCUCAUUGUCUGGCGUGCAUCAAGCGACAAUCAGCAUGCAAAUACUCAGCCAUAGCAAACCUGAUCGCGACAUCUGCAGAUGGCGUUGGCGCCGCGCGUAAUUCGGGACGAGCCAGGAAGCAACAGCAGAAACCCACUCACCUCCAGCUUGGCAGCGACACGCAGCAGCAUUCACCUCCUGUUCAGGUUCAUGCUCAGGUACCGCCACCAGUGAGGGCGCAGUAUCGCAGCGUGUCUCUGUCUUCGUCUGGAUCAUCGCCCUUCUUGUUGUCUAAUGUGCCAUUCUCGAGUAGAGCUCCUCAGCCGUUUUUCGGCUUGGGCUCUGAACAUCCUUUCGCCAAUUACUGGACUAGUCGCGGCGGCCUUGCUGAAGUCGUAGGUGUUCUGCCAGCGAAGGAGCAAGCCGACAUUCUUGUCGACAAAUAUUUUGAUGCCGUCGAUCCGGUGUAUCCUAUGAUACACCGGCGGAACUUUUAUGCCGACUAUGAGCGCUUCUGGGCGAUGUCGUUGGAGGAGAAGCAGGUUGCUGAUCCAGUCACGGUUGCCCUGCACUUCGUGGUAUACGCCAUGGGCACCCAAUUCAUUCACACACCAUCCAACCAGGAACGCGCGCAAAUAGCUGAGUUUUAUGUUUCAGCAGCGCAGCAAGCGCUGAGAUUGUCAUCCUACCUGAGCAGAGCUUCGGUUAGGACACUGCAAGCCAUGGUGCUUAUAGGGUACUUCCUCAUGAACGACAAUCACGCUUCUGACGCCUGGGCAUUCGGAGGUGUCCUUGUACGGCAAGCAUACGCGAUGGGACUGCACCGCGACCCAGAUGUCAUAGCAUCCCGAUGUUCACGAAGCGACAAACAGCAACGCCGGAAACUCUGGCAAGCCAUCUUCUUCCAAGACACCUUCCUCACCGUCCUGCUCAAGCUCCCACCGACAACAACUUUCUCCGACGUCCACCCCAAAUCCCUCGACGACUCGCUCGACGACUACGCCGUGCCUAACGGCUCCUCCAACGGCAACACCGACCCCGUCCUCAACCCCAUGAGCAUCACCCACAUCGCUCAACUAAAAGAUGUCUACCCACCCUACGAACUUGCGGACCGCCGCUACAUUCGCUCAAUGUGGCACAUGGCCAACCUCGUCUCGCGCACAGUCUGUACCCCGCGCUCGCUCUCAACACCCCUUACAACCUCCAUAUCCCACAAAGCCGCGCUCGUCGAAGAGUACUUCGCACUCCACCGCAGUUUCCCACCCGAACUCACUGCGUCUGACGAUGCCACGAUCCAGAAACUAGCCGAAACGAACCCUCGCUCUUUAAGGCAGAACCUAUUCUUCCGCAGCAAUUUCUGGCACUGCGUCAUGGUGAUUCAAUCCGAUGAGAAUCCGGACGAGGGGUAUAUGUGUGAGGUCAAGGGGUGUUUGGAGGCGGCGCGCAUGGCGGUGCAGAGUUUCAUUCAUUUCUGGGAAUAUCUGAGGAUCGAUGCGAGUGUGUGGUGGGUGUUUCAGCAUAGAGCUUUUGAGGAGGCUCUUGAGCUUCUUAUGGUGCGCAUUCUGGGGCGGCAGGAACAGCCGUUGUCCCCUCGACAUAAUGGGCCGCCGUCCACAGACCCGUUGUUAAUGGCAGCGAAGGAAGAUGCGAGAAAAUGCUUGGAGAUCUUAGAUUUGGUUGGCAUUGCGCCGGAGAUGCAGAAGACGAGAACAGAG